AAUCUGUUAUUGUAACCCUUCUGGUUACGGAGAAAAUAAUUUUCUAUACUUUUAAAAAUUCCUAACAAAACUCGCAGUUUACCUAACUCUAAAUCCUUAUAUAUCAGAAAAAUGGGAACUUUAUUCCGAACACCUCCCCAAUCACCUAAAAAGACGCGACCUGCUCCUUCCGAGCCUGCAGUCCUAACAGAAAAGAACGAGGCAUUGGCAGACACAGUGCAACAUCCCCCUCGUCUCACUGAUUUGACUGUCGACUCGGAAGCACACAAAAAUUUCGAGCUGGCAAGAGCUGAUUGCCGAGAACCAGGACAUGCAGCUGGUAUAUCAACACCGCUGUCAACAGUAAAACCUGUGGCUCCUGAUGUGGCAUCGACAUCUGAACCAAGCAUGGACAGGCUGUAUGUCACUGAAACUCCUAAUUCCGGGUCAACGCAAAUGGAGCAGCUGUGGAUGAGCAGGGACUCGAUCACUUGCAGCCCUGGCGCGAAAACCCGUGCGGGUAGGCAUUGCUCGGAAAUUGUCCGCAACCUAGAGAACAUAGUCGCACAGUUACAGCAAAACAAAAGCGUGACCAAAGAGAACAAGAAAUGUAUACUCCAAGCUGUAGAGGCCAUUCGUGACGCCACAAUGAGGUUCACCGGCGAACUGGCGGUCCUCGGCGUAGGCCAAACAGAUAACAGCCCAACAAUGGACCCGUCAAAGCUAAAAGAAGACAUUAUCGCUGGUGUUCAAGCAGAAAUGUCUAAAAUGCGUGCUGAACAGAAAGAAUUCAAGAAAGAGGUCAUGGAGGCAAUAGGUUAUGAACAGGAAGUAAACGAGAAAGCCAACAGAGAAGAAGAAGAAACAUUCUCCAUGGUCGUUGGUAGGAAGAACAACAACAAUAAGAAAAGACACAGAAGCGAAGCGGCGGCGGCUGCCGCAGCGGCUGCCUCUGGCACGAUUCUUGACGAUGACUUGACAGCGCCGGCUGUAGGCAGACCAUACAGACCCAAAGUUUAUCGUACAAGUGUGCCUCCACCGCCUCCACCGCCGACUAACUUUGUUGUCGUCCUUGAAUCCAUCGACCCCAGACAGGAUGGCAAGGACGUCUUAAAGGAAGUCAAAGAGAAAGUAGACGUAGUUAAAAUAGGUAUUGGUAUAAAGAGCGUACGAGAAACCAAAAAUAAAAAAGUCGUUAUCAGUUGCGACUCCAAUGAGGACAGGCAGAAACUCAGCACUGCCAUAAAAGAUAAAACUACCAACAUUACUGUCGACGUUCCUAGACUACGUAACCCAACAUUGCGAAUUAUCGGAGUCAUUCCUGAAUUUGCCAAUGAAAAAAUUGAAGACGCUAUAACGAAGCAAAAUGUAAGACUUCUAGAAGGCAUAGCAGAGGAGAAAAAGAAAAUAAGGUUUGUGCGGACAAUCAAAGGUCGAAAUGACUCGAUCAAGAAUGUUAUCGUGGACGUCAGCCCAGAAGUCUGGGCUGCCAUGAAUGGACAAAAACUCAGAAUCGGGUAUCAAUCGCUGAUGGCGGUUGACCAGUCCCCAAUACUUCAAUGCUUUAAAUGCUUUGGAUUUGGCCAUCGAGCAUCGGAUUGUAAGGCCACCGCGAGGUGCGCCUACUGCGCCGAAAACCAUGACACGCGAGGCUGUAACAAUCGCGAAUCCGGGCCAUCCUGUGUAAACUGCAUGAGCAAUGAAGGAACAGCGGAUCACAGACAUUAUGCAUACAGUACAUCUUGCCCGCAAUGGAUUAAAUGGGACCGUAUAGCCCGAGCGGCUAUACGCUACUGCUAAGGGCGUCCCAAAGGAUAACAACAACAGGAUCAAUCACAUAAUAG